UCGUUUGUUCGUUCGCAUUUAGCCUUGCUUCAUUCAUUCAUACAUUCAAGAACAGAUCAUAAACGCACGUAGCAUAGCAAGAACAUACGGCACGCCCCUAGUAAGUACUUAACUGCACUACAUACGAGCAGCAACAGGAGGAACCGUUAGGAGAAAAAAAAGCAAAGAAAAAAAGGCAACACGAUGAAUCAACCCGUCAGUUGUUUACCAGUGACAGCCACGAAAAUGUCGAAGACGAAAAAGGUGCUGGACGAUGCCCGUGAAACUCAGAAUCGGGAGGUCGAUCUCGUCGAUAAGGGCAUUGCAACGUUCGAGGAACUGCCCGGACUACUGAACAUGACGUUUGUGACUAGAAUUACUUUGAGCCAUAAUAAGUUGAAAACUGUUCCACCGGGUGUUGCAAAUUUGAUCAAUCUGGAAAUUCUGAAUCUGUCCAACAAUCAGCUGGAAGAGCUGCCCCUGUCACUGUCUUCGAUGCCGAAACUGCGCAUCCUGAAUUGCUCCAUCAAUCGCUUGAACACGCUGCCCCGCGGUUUCGGUGCCUUUCCGGUGCUGGAGGUACUCGAUUUGUCGUACAACAAUCUGAACGAAAAGAUACUGCCCGGUAACUUCUUCAUGAUGGAUUCGCUACGCGCUUUGUAUCUGGGUGAUAACGAUUUCGAGUUUUUACCGCCCGAAAUUAAAAAUCUGAAGAACCUUCAAAUACUCGGUCUGCGCGACAACGACCUGUUGGAACUUCCGCGUGAAAUCGGCGAACUCACGCGCAUCCGCGAGUUGCACAUCCAGAACAAUCGGUUGACGGUGCUGCCGCCGGAAAUCGCCAACCUGGACCUGUUGAGCCAAAAGUCGGUACUGAAGAUGGAGGAAAACCCCUGGGUAACGGCCAUCGCCGAACAGUAUCUGAUCGGAAUCAGCCACGUCCUGGAGUACAUUAAAACCGAAGCGUACAGAAUCUUGUAUAACCGACAUGUUUCGGCUGGUAAAUCGGGCAAUGUGCCUCCCAAAGUAGAUAAGAGCAAGAAAGCUUCUCGGGCUCGUUCGUAAAAAAGAUGAUAAUCAGAUCAGUUCAUUAGUUGUCUUCCUGUGCAUUAUUUUUGUACACCAUUUUUGAGAAAGUUACACUUUCUACUAACGUAUUUAACUUUACUAGAGCCAAAAUCAACAACUGACUUAGUAGAUGUGCCACCGCCUUAUAGCCUGUAUUCGGAGGAGCAAAACGUUUUAACAUUUGAAUAAUAUAUAUUUUUGCAACUAAUAUACCUAAUAGAAUAAAUAAUCAAGCCAGCAGCAGCAGCAAC